AUGAUGAACAGUAGGGAGUGGUUAGCUCUCUGCCUUUUCACUCCUCCCCACCCUAAGGGGAUCACUGAGAAGGUGGACUUUCUGAAGGAGCUGGGCGUAGAUGCUGUAUGGCUGUCGCCCAUCUUCAAGUCCCCCAUGGUGGACUUCGGUUACGACAUCUCUGACUUCACAGACGUCGACCCGGUCUUCGGCACGUUGCAAGACUUCGACAGGCUCCUGGAGAAAUUGCACAGCGUCGACAUCCGGCUGCUGCUGGACUUCGUACCCAACCACUCGAGCGACCGCCACCCGUGGUUCGAGCAGUCGGUGCGGCGCGUGCAGCCGUACGCCGACUACUACGUGUGGGCGGACGGACGCCCCGACCCGCGCAACCCCAAACGCCGCCUGCCGCCCAACAACUGGCUGAGCGUGUUCGGCGGGCCGGCCUGGACGUGGCAUCCGGUGCGCGGCCAAUUCUACCUGCACCAGUUCGCGGCUGCGCAACCUGACCUCAACUACACCAACCCCUCCGUCACCAAGGACAUGGAGGUGAGCACCAGCACCACCACAAGUGCUGACACAAAGCGUGAAACGGAGGUGGGAGUGGGUGUGGAUGGUGGUGGAGAAAGAAAUGUUACGGAGGCUGGUGCGGAGGUAGGCGGAAGGGAUGUGUGUGUGGGCAAGAGCUCGGGUGAAAACUGGAAAAGGGAAAGAAAUGCGGAGGAGGGAUGGCGGCAUCACGAUAUGCUGCGUGAGAGGAGAUUGAGGCAGUUUGUGGUGGCCCUGGCAAUUGAAGCGUACGGCGAGCGCGAGCAGGUGAUGCGCUACUUCGGCGACAGCGCCGCGCCCGGCGCGCACUUCCCCUUCAACUUCGCGCUGCUGGCGGCCAACAACGCCACCACGUCGCACGACCUGCGCGACGCCGUCGACCAGUGGAUGGACAACAUGCCGCCCGGCGGCUGGCCCAACUGGGUGCUGGCGGACGCCAUGAACAUGCUGUCGCUGCUGCUGCCGGGCACGGCCGUCGUGUACAUGGGCGAGGAGCUGGGCAUGGAGGACGGGCCCGUGGCGUGGGAGCAGACGGUGGACCCGCCGGGCCGCAACGCCGGCCCGCAGCGCUUCGCCAAGUUCUCGCGCGACCCCGAGCGCACGCCCUUCCAGUGGGACGACUCCGCCAACGCAGGGUUCGCGCCGGCGGGCGUGCGGCCGUGGCUGCCGGUGGCGCCGUCGUACCGCACGGUGAACGCCGAGAUCCAGGCGCGCUUCCCCGUCAGCCACCUGCAGGUGUUCCGGCGCCUGGUGAAGCUGCGCGGGUCGCCGGUCGCCCAGCGCGGCGCCCUCAACCUGCAGACGCCCUCCGCCUCGCUGCUCGCCUUCGCCAGGGAGCUGGCUGGGGUUGAAACUCUGCUUGUGGUGAUAAAUUUGGCUCCAGAAGACGCUAUGGCUGACCUCCUCACCUCGUUCGGGGGAGAGCUACCCGAAUUCUUGUCGGUGGUGAUUCCCAGUAUCAACUCAGGCCUUCGGAUAGGGCAACAAGUGUUGUCGAAGGAGGUGAAGCUGCCGUCAAAGGCGUCUGUAGUGCUUUCGACAAAAAAGCCCUAACAGCUGAAGUACUGACAUCAGCGAAGAAAUGUACCUGUAGUAUACACAUAAUUUUGUGAUUUUUUUACAUUACGAUGUUAGUUGUAGAAUUAUUUAUGUAUUGACAAAUGUACUGAUAUUUAACCUUGUAAAUAAAAACACAUGAACUUGUACAGUGUCUUACAAAAAGUGUUGGAAUAUUGUAAAUAGUAUAUUCAUCAGAU